AUGUGCGGCCAUUAUGGAGUGGAUGCCAAUGGCAUAGUUAGUUUUGACGCCAAGUAUCCCACCAAAUGGGGCAGCCGGCUCUCGCGUUGCGAAAUUGCACUUGCCUUCUCCCUUUUAGGCGGCAAGGAGGAUUCGGGACUGGUGAAGAGCAACGGCGGCGAGACGGGAGGCAGCGGCGGUCUGCAGGUGCUGGACACCCUACACGGCGGCAACCACGGCCAGAACGCUGGAGUAGAAGGCGGCGGUGGCGGCGGAUCCGGCAACGAGAAACCUGUCAAACAGAAGCGGCACCGGACCCGGUUCACGCCGGCUCAGCUCCAGGAACUCGAGAGGAGCUUCUCCAAGACCCACUACCCCGACAUAUUCAUGAGGGAGGAGCUGGCCAUGCGGAUAGGGCUCACAGAAUCCAGGGUUCAGGUAUGGUUCCAGAACCGGCGAGCCAAAUGGAAGAAGCGCAAGAAGACGACAAACGUGUUCCGCAGCCCAGGCGCCCUCCUGCCCUCUCACUCGCUGCCGCCCUUCGGAUCCAUGGGCGACGGAUUCUGUUCCUUCGGGGCGGCCACAGACACCCGGUGGCCCAUGUCUCAGAUGGGUUCUCCGCCGGGGCUGCAACUCGGGCCGCCCUCACUCUCCAGGCAGCCAGCCCUGGCACAGUCCCUCUCCCAGCACAGCGCGGCCGCCGCCAUGGGAGCCAUGAAUCAAUACAUGGCUGUGCAGGCGUCGACCCAGCUGGCCCCCAACUCGCUGCCCUCCAUCACGACGAGCUCCUGCUCCCCGAUGUACCAGUCCCCGAUGUACGGCGGCCUCAACUCCCUGGGCCCCGCCGCCACGGCGGCUCCUGCGCCGGGGCUCGCGCCCGUUUCCGCCGGCGGAAUGCCGCCGCCGUCCGGCGCGACUCCGCCCGGCUCUGGCGGCUCUGCCUCGCCGCCGCAGCUCGCCUGCGCCAUGGGCGGCGAGAGCGGCGACAUGUGGCGCGGAACCAGCAUCGCCUCGCUGCGGCGGAAGGCGCUCGAGCACACCGCCUCCAUGGCCGUCUUCAGGUGA